UUUUAGCGCUCUCAAACUGACAGAUGUCAAACCCACGUUACAAAAUUAAAAAAACAACCUCAACAUCAACAAAAACUUGAGGUUAUGUUCACGAAGUUUAAGAAUUAAAAUGUCUGAAAACCCUAUAAACGUUCUCAAACGUAAACUAAAAGACGAGACUCUCGCUUUGCCGAAGCGUUUAAAGCUAGCCAAGAAUGUAGUUUUAACACACUACUUCCCGCUGGUGCCCAAGGAGAGGGCUAUAGGAGAAUGGUUACUUGAAGUUUCAUCUGAAAACAAACUUAGUGGUGAUGAGUUUGGAAAUGUUCUGGGCUGGGUGGACACCGCCGAUCACAUCAGCGAGGAACUCAAGACGAAAUUGAUCCUUCUGACCGCACAGUAUGUCGAAAAUCAUCCUUUAACUGAAAAAGAUGUUCAACACAUUCUGACAUUCAUAGAAAAUGAUAAAAUCUCGCCCCAGCUGGAUUCACAUAUAAAUGAAUUUUGCUUUCUAACAAAGUCACUGCUAAAACUAUUUAAAAAUGAAGAAACUAAAUCAAAUACUGAAUUAGCAAAGAGAGUCCUCACUAGACUCACAAAGUACUACAAAGACUCAAGGAAGAAGCUUGAAUUGAUAACCAAAAUUUUGGAAAAAGAUAAUAUAGAAACUAUUCUUGAUUACAUAGACACAGAAAACAAAAAUGAUGUGCAUAAUGUUUGUCAAAGCAUCCUGUUUCCAAAUAGCAAAAAGUCUUUCUUUACUGUAUUUUUACGAACAGUGCUCCAAAAAGAAGGUGUCAACGAACUUAUAGAGGAGAAAGGGGACAGUAUUCAGGGUAUACUAAAAGUCAUGACGGCAUUCUACACAUUCCCAAAUGGAAGGACAACAAAUGACCUGACUUUCCUGGAAAAGUAUAUAAGAAUUUUCGUACAAAGCUUCAAAGAUGAUAGUCAACUGGUGUUCUUAUUCUAUGUAAUGGCAGCCGACUGUUUAGGUUUUGAGCAAAACUAUUUGAGGCCAACUACUAAAAUGCCCACCAUAGUAUUUGAAGGCAAUGCUGAGAAAAUCAAAAGAAAUAUGUUGCUGCACAUGUUAAAAGUUAUACUGGAAAAUGAAAUUGAUGUUACGGUAAAACUGACGUACAUUGCUGGUGGCACCAAAAUGCAUAUAAAGAAGACCUUUGCAACAUUUCUACAAUCACUGAUGAUGGGGCAGUUGAAAUUGGAAGGCAAAAUCGAUAAAACAACCUUGGAAAUUAUUAAAACCGUAUUAAAAUUGGACCCCAUGUUGAUUGAGCAGAAGUUAGAUGUCAUUCUACCGCCUCUUAUGGUGGCGAAAAAAACGAACUUACAAAUACAAGAAUCAUACUCAAAAACAUUGAAUUUGUUGAUGCAAAUACUUUUUAAAUUAAGCAGAGGGACAACAUUUGUGGGCAAAAUUUUACCCCAUAUUAAGUCUUUAUUGGAAGCUGGCAACACAGAGCAAUUAGAACUGAAGAAAAAAGUAUUGGAGUGUAUUGAAAAUGGAACUGAUGCUCAGAAGAUUGAACUUAAAAUAUUGAAUGGAUUUGAUGUGUUUCCUAAAGAGAGUUUGCAAAUGUAUGGGAAAUUGGCAUCAACCCUGUUAUUUAGACAGAGUAGUGAUCUGUUUGGAACUCUCUGCAAUCAUUUCGAGGAAUACUGCUUGGCCAUGUUGCAAGAAGAUGUUGGACCAUCAACUACGACACUGGCAGAAGUACUGUCCUCCAUUUUGUGUGUUUAUUUUGAAAGCAACAAAAUGGCGGACCACACAGUGCCGGCGGCGACUGCUGAGGAGUUUUGGAUGAGUUUUGAAAACUUUGAGAAGGAUGUUUUGAAGAAAUUCGGUAAAUGCCUGCUGAAAGUGGAUUAUAAUGCCCAACUAACGCGCUCCUACCUCAAUCUAUGCAAAAGCUACGCGCAACUAAAACUGUUGAACAUUCACAACAGCCAUGUCAAAGUCACUGCUCUGAAACUGCCGGAGAAUGCCGAAGUAUAUGACUUUAAUUUCUUACUUCCAUGUUUGAGUGGGGAGCAGUGGACUGCGUUGGCCUCUAGGGUAGAAGAUGAAGAGACUAAGGUCGCUUUGGACAAACUCCUACUUGUAAAAAUCACAGCGGCUGAGUUGAUAACAACUCUCAACAACGGCGGAGAAGCUUCCGAAGUCAUCACUGAAAGUAAAACACAAGUUGUCAAAAGUCUACCAUCGAAUAUACAAGAAUUAGCACAAGAUAAUUUUAUAGCCAGAGCCAUCUUCACAAAUCUCAACUCUCAUCAGUUAAAACAAACAGCUAAGACGAUUAUCAAAGCAUUGUUGGCAAAUUCGGAAGAAGUGUGUCUGGAAAAUCCAGCCAUUUCAAACCAUAGAGAGCUGUUAAAUGCACUAGUAAUGGAAUGUCUCAAACAUCUGGCAAAGACCAUAGAAACGGCUGAAGUUAGCCCGUUAUUAAGUAAAGCCAUCGGCAAAAACAGUUUUGAAUUAACAAACUUUUUGAGUGAAAUUAAAAAUCCGCCAGAGUAUUUUGAAAAGAUGGCGAUCAAGAGGGAAUUUGAUAGUAGUGUUGCCAGCUACAUAGAUAUUUUAAAACAGUUGCAAAUACAAAACUUGGAUGAAAACUGUCAGUUGUCAGCCAUAUUUGUUUUACUGGCAUUGAAAAAGUCAGCUGACUCCAAAAAGCUCCAGAAAAGUAUUGACCAUCUGUUGGUAUCGAUAUUUGAGCUUUCUUCCAAGUAUCCAGAUGUUUACAAGCUGUUUCCUAUAGACUACAUUUUCGAUUUCGAAAAUCAAGAUUUCAUCAACUUGCUAACAUUGAAAAUCAAGAAUGUAAAUCCACUAUUUAUCGUCAAAUGUUUGUUGGAGUCUGCAGUAAAAAAAGUUAAGACGGACAGCGCAACAGUCAAAGUACUCGUAAAAAUAUUGAUGACAAACCAAAAAGUCAAAAAGGAAACAUUAAACAUCGAAUAUUUUACAGAAAAAGUAUUUCAGAUCACUUGCUUGACUCUGCCAAUUAUUGCCAAAGAGAAACGGGCCAUAACCACCAGUGCUUACAGAUCAAUUUUGGCUGAACUCCAAGAGGACUUACACAAAGCGCUACUGAAAUGCCUCAAACGAAUCAAUUUUAAUAUUGAACUGGGGAAAAUCGGCGAUAAGUCAGGCAACACUGACGACGGUGGGGUAAUUACAGAAAGUAACCUGGCAACAUUGAAUGCUAUGGAAGCAUUUUCUCUGACUCUUUCUAAAUAUUGUGAGACGACAAAUGCAGAUGAAAUACAGAAUCUAGAAUGUCUAUGGACUGGAUUGGAGUAUUUAGUUCAAAGUGCUAUAACCUUCAUUCGAACGCCGGCGGCCAAGACCGAGCAUGUCGAGCUCUCAGUGCAACUACUCAACGUUGUAUUGCGAAACUCGAAGAAACUAGAAACCCACAAUAUAUUCCAAGAAAAAGACAAAACAUUGAUACAAAUAUGGAAAAGUAUUAAAGACAGAUUGUUGCUCUUGUUUGAAUGUCAAGGAAAGAAUAAGGAGGGUGCCCUGGAAGAGAUUUCUUUGACCGUUAAGUUGCUGUGCGAGCUGCUUUCAGUUGAUGGAUUCGUUGGGAAUGUGGUCAAUGAUCUGUUUACUUUGUCUAUUUUGAAGACUCCAAAAGGCAAGCUGGACGAAUCCAGUUACAAUACUCUAACAACAUCCCAUCAAGCGUUGAAAUACCUUCUCUCAUCGUGCCUAAAGUCAAAUAUCGUCGAACGAAAAUGUGUUGCCAUAUCAAAAACAUUUUACCGCAUUUGUGAGAAUGUUUGCCAGUUCGUUAAUGAAAACUACGAGUCGGUGGAUAUUAAAAAUGAUUUAAACGAUGAUGAAGAAGAUGAAGAAGAAAAUACUGUUACCGUAGUGAAAGUAGAUGAUGGGUUUUGUAAAAUCUUCAAGUUGGAUCUUGAUUCGCUGUGUGAUGUUAUUACUGCUGCUAAGAAGAUCCCUCUCGACUACAAAUUCAUAGACUCCAUAUUCGAGUGCCUGGCCAUGGCGCAACUGAUGAUGGGCGCUAAGACCAGCCUGGUGAAGUGCGAAGUCUCUUGGCAAGCGUACUUUGAGCUUUCGGAGGGUGUUGUCGCGGUGCUGAACACGUUUCUACAGAACCGGGAGGAGCUUUUAGAAGACAGAUGGCCAUGCUACCUGCACUGUUACAGGGAGCUCGUAGCGAGUGCCUGUGAAAGGGCAUCCGAUACCACCUUGGAGAGGAGUAUAGAGGAGAGACUUGCAAGAACCGGACAUUCAAUAGAGAAAUUAACACAAGCUAUUGUGAAGCGUAAGAUGCACAUAUCUCGCCUAGCCGCUUACACCGUCGGCGAUGUCUGUGCCAGCAUCGAAAUAAAUGGACCUCCGAAACAGCUGCGGCAGCAUCUGGAAAAUUCUGUAGCUCUGUUGAUCCAAGCAUCUGAUUCUACACAUACUAUGACGUUCCUUCGGCGCGAGUUGGCCGGCCAACCUGGUCAGGUCACUUUGACUAACAUGUAUUCGAAUUAUAAGAAAUAUCAUAAGUAUACUGGUAAUGCUUAAAUGUUAUAAAUUAUAUUUUAAGUUUUGUGCUAAUAAAACAUGUUCUUUUUA